AUGGCAACAAAAGCAAAAGAGAGUAGUGUUGUUGGGAAGGAGAAGAAAGGCCCAACUUCGAAUUCUCCCAUCACAAGCACCAAAAGGACAACCAAGCCACCAUCACCUUCAAGCUCUACAGAUAAGGCCACUUCAAACCCAUCAGAGAAACAAGUCCCAAACUAUCUGAGGCCCACAAUUAGCUCAAAGCUUGAGUCCCAAUCCUUCAAGCUUCCAAAGAGUACUACUGAUGCUACCAAUAAGGCCACUUUAAACAGAAGAAGAUCUUUUGACAAGCCACCAUCACCUUCAAGGUUACCAAAACAAACACAACCCUCUCCUUCAAGAACACAGAAAGCCCUUGUGUCUCCUGCCAGAUCCCUAUCACUUCGAUCUUCCAAUGUUCCAGUUAAAAGCAUUAGCACUUGGAAACCCGUUUCAGAGAGGACCUCAAAAACCCCCAACAAGGAAGGGAAAACACAACCACUGAAUACCAAGAGUGUGAAUAAGAGAAGCCCCAGUCCUUCUCCUUCAACCACUAAGAAGGUGACUGAUGAUGCUUCGGCUGCAAAGACCAGUUCUGAAACUACAGAACCGAUCAAUGUUGAAACUGAGCCAGAAGUUAAAGAAGCUAUAAAUGAAGAGAUUGAAGAAGUAGAAAAAGUGGAGAAUCAAGAACAUGAUGAGGUUCAAAAAGUUGACUCUGAGCAUGAUGAACAUGAGAAUAAACAAGAGCUGGAUGAGUCUGCUCAGCCUCACAUUCAAGAUGAUAAUAAUGAGAAAGUCACUCCUACUGCAUCAGAAGAAGAAGAAGCAAAAGAAGAGCCACAAGAAGAGAAAAUCGAAGAUGAGCAUAAAGAGAAUGAGGAUAUAAACCAAUAUGAAUGCAAGAUUAAUGGGAGUCAAUCAGAAAUUAAUCAUUCAACAGCUGAAGAAGAAGUUGAGGUGAAAGAAAAGGAAGAAGAAGGUGGGAUUGUAAUAGAAGAAGAUCACAAGAGUGAGGAAGUGGCAGUGGAAGAAAAGGAAGGAGUUGAUGGGGUUAAGUUGACAGAAGGACAAGAAGAAAAUGAACAUAUUGUGGAAAGUGAAGUUAAAGAAGCAAAGUCAGAGUCAACAGAGCCAAAGCAAGAAACAGCUUCUGGAGUUAAAGGGAAGAAGGAGUCUCAGGUAUCCAAUGAUGUGAUCGAAGAGACAGCGAGCAAGUUAUUGGAAGAGAGGAAGAACAAGGUGAGAGCAUUGGCUGGGGCAUUUCAAACUGUCAUUGACCAUCAAAAAAAAUGA